UCGUGGCGGGGGGGGCCGCUGGGGGCGCUGCGGAGCUGCUGCCGCUGGAACCUUCCUGCCCGCCGGAGCGCGGAGCAGGUGCCGCCGCCGCCGGCCGCAGCCGCUCAUCGCGGGAGCCGCUCGCCCCGGCUGCUGCAGGCGCUGCUGCGCGGAGAGAUUUCCUGGAUGCCAUUAGACAAAGAAGGGCACUUCUCACAUGCUCAGAGGAGAAGCCUUUGGCUGGUGUGGCUGUGGAUGAUGGGGGAUGUAGUCCAACAAUCUCUGGGGACCUAAGGGUGCGGGUUGCAGAUUGUGGAGCUUCUGAUCUGGCCUGACCUCUGACUGCCCCCAGACCAGUCCCACACAGAGAUGAUCUGAGGAGGAGCCGGAGACUGCAGAGAGCUGCUUUUAAAAUGACCCGAACGGAUCCUCCUGAUAUCCUGGUGUCUACGGUGUAUCAGGACAUCCAAGUGGUCCCCUCCCGCUCCGCUUUCUGCCAGCCCGCGAGGAAAUGUGACAGCUCCAUGUCUUCAGCCCUGGAGAACCGUCCCCCCCAGCACUUCAACAAGCGGCACUGCCGCAGCUUUGACUUCCUGGAGUCCCUCGACGAGCCGCCCCCUGUCCCUCCCGCCAUGGAGCGGCCCUCCCGGCGGCCACCGACCCCAGAACCAUCCUCGGCUCCCGUGAGCAGAAAGGCGUCCAUCAGGGCAGCCGCACCGGAGGCCCACGGGGGCAGGUCCUACACCCGCGGGAGAGAGGUCCCGAAGGAGCCGGCCCCUCGUGCAGAGCCCAAGAGGCGGGCGAGGUCCAAGAGCGCCCCUCGGGUCAAAUCCACCUUCACCCCGGUGGCCAUCCCCAUGGCCUCUUGCUCGCCCCCCGCGCCAGCCAGAAGGGGGCGGGAAGUCCAGCGGGCGGGCCGUGAGCCUGAGCGGCCCGAGCUGUCCCCGCGCCGGGAGGGCGGCUACGCCUCCAUGAAGGCCCUGGUGAACGAGGUGCACCCCAUCAAGCUGCAGCCUCAGCGCAGCAGCAGCAGCCGGAUCUCGCCCCUCUGCGUCACCGGUGCCAACUGCUACGAGGAGGCCCCAGCCAUGCAGCCCCCUCCGCCCAGCAUCCACGUCCGGCGCCGGAUGGACAUCAAGCCAGACGAGGCCACAGUGAUGCAUGCCGCCCGGAGCGCCAAGGCCCCCCAUGCCCCCAGUGAGGCCCCACUGCCCUGGCCUAGGCAGCCUGGUGCCACCCACAGCUUGACAGUGCCCAGCAGCCGGCAAGUGUCCAUGUCCCGGACCCCCACGCCCAGUGACACCUACAGUGGGGAACACCGAGUCCUUGCACCAUACCCCACUGAACUCUACGAUGGCGCUCCGGCCUUGCCGGAAAGCGGCUGCAUCCCUUUCUCUCCCUAUGUGCCAACCAAAUUUUUCUACACCGAAGAGCCAGUUGGCUACCCGAUGAAAAGCUCCGGGUACGAGGGGUAUCCUCCUCCUUAUGGAGGGCACGUCCUUCCUCCCCAGCCCUUCUAUGCUGAAGAGCCUCCCCCCAGCAGCUUCCACCCAGUCCCAGGCAGAACGUUUUUUGUGGAGGAGAACCGGACUUAUCCCAUCCAAGAGGCUCCUGCCAGGACUUACUAUGGGGACAACUCUCGCUUUUACACCCCCAGGAUACCUUCUGUGAAAGCCGUUUACCCGGAAGACCCGCGGGCAUACCCUGCCUUGAGGUCCAACCCCCGAGUCUUCUAUGCUGAGGAUUAUGGGAAGUAUCAUGAGCGGGAAGCCAUGUCUCGGACCUACCCACAUCCCCGCACUGCUCCUCCGGUGCAGUUUAACGACUGGUAUUGUCCCGACAGGGGGGCACUGCCCUACCAAACAUGGCAGAUGUCCCGCUUCCCCUCUCACCAGCCAGCCCCCCGAGCCAUGCUCUCUUCCUGGCACGCCAGCUACAGCGUCAGCCCACCCCGUCUUGGCACAGACACACGGCAUUACUCCAAAUCCUGGGACAAUAUCCUGACCUCCCACAUGCGUCGGGAAGACCCUCUUCUGCGUGGGCGCAGCUAUGAGAACCUGCUGUCCCGAGAUCCACACCGUGCCUUAUCCCCCGAUGACCGGCGCCAGCCAGUGGUGGUCAACCUCUCCAGCUCACCCAAGCGCUACGCUGCCCUUUCGCUCUCGGAGAACUCCCUCAUCGAGAAGAUGCAUGCCGAUAGCGGGCGCCACGGCUGGUUCGUUACCCCGGAAAUCACCAUCACGGACAACGAUAUCCGAGCCAAUGGCUUCUGCAAGAACGAGAGGCGCUCGGCCAGCUGGGACGUCUUGGAUUCAGGUGACACCCGGGACCAGGGCUGUGUACCAGCCCGGCCCUACAUCCCGGAUCCCAGCACCAAAGAGAGUGCUGCCCGCCAGCGCAGCCUGGAGCAGUUGGACGAGCUCAUCACGGACCUGGUCAUUGACUACAAGCCUCCCUCGGUGUGUCCUUCCAGCGAGGUCAGCAACUUGGCAGACCAGCUCCGGCGCUUGAUCAGCGAAGGCAUGGCCCUGCCUGCCAAAAAGGCAGAUGUCUGGAAAUCGCUGGAGCCUCGUCCCACCAAGGAGCAGCCUGGGCCCAGCGCCUUCCACGCCGACCUUCGGAAGGAUCAAGGCAGGCGCCCGGCCGAGGUGGCUGUCUCCACCAGCACCUUUGAGAAGCCGCUGGACGACUGCUCGCCGGACCUCAGUGCCGACGAGGACGAUGUCAUGAUGUGCUCCAAUGCCAAGUGUCGGCGGACGGAGACCAUGUUCAAUGCCUGCCUCUACUUCAAGUCUUGCCACAGCUGCUAUACCUACUACUGCUCGCGGAACUGCCGGCGGGAGGAUUGGGACACCCACAAGGAGAACUGCAUCUACGGCCGUAUCGGCAGCACCUGCCGUCAUGUGCUGCAGUUCUGCCGAGAGAGUGGGGAGGUGCACAAGGCCUUCUCGCGCAUCGCCAAAGUGGGCUUCCUGUCCCGGGGACGGGGGGUGCUUUUCCUGGGCUUUCCGAAUUCCGGCUCGGCGGACAACUUCCUGCAGUUUGGCCUGGAGAGCUUGCUGAUGUCGCCCACGUAUCUAUCGCUGCGGGAGCUGGAGGGCUACUCGGACAACCUCGGGGACUACGCCCGGGAGCUGCGGGAGGCCGGCCAGCUUUACGACCCGGACGAAUGUUUCCUCCUGAAUGUAACGGUGGCGGUUGGGCAAAAAGUGCCCGAGAGGCCGUCCCCCAAAGUGCAGGUGCCGACAGUCAGGAAGUACGCCAAGGUGGCCUUAGCAUCCUCCAGCCCUGAGAAGAAGAUCUUGAAGAAAGAUCCGGACAUGGAGACGCUGAUCCUGACGCCCCCUCCGGGCACAGCCGACAUUGACAAGGAGGGCGAGGAAGGGCGCAAGGCCCGCGAGGUCUGCUUUAUCAACAUCCAGCGGGAGCUCCGCAUCCGGGGCAUCUUCCUGAGGCACGAGUUCCCCAAGAUCUACGAGCAGCUCUGCGAGUUUGUGGAGAGCAACAAACGCUUCACCCCCACCACCAUCUACCCCAUUGACAAGAGGACUGGCAAGCAGUUCAUGUGUAUGAUCAUGGCGGCCUCUGAGCCACGCACCCUCGAUUGGGUGGCGAGCCCCAACCUCCUGGAUGACAUCAUGUGACCCCACUCCUGCCGCCACACACUUUCUCGCCCUCUCUCUCUCCCCCCCUCCCAUGCAGGGCCUCUGCUUGACUGCCCUGCUCUUAGAAGUGUAUUUUAUUAUCAGAGUACUAAUGUGAUUGGUAUGUUCGUGUUUUUUCUACGAGUAACCCAUGGCCAGGGAAUGCGGCUGACCAAGGGAUGGGGCAAAUUUCUAUGGGGAAAGAUGGGGUCCAGGCCUGUGGUUCUAUGCACUAGUUGCUUCAGGAUACAGCUGAAAUGAAAUCCCGCACCCGUUCAGAAUCCAGGUCUGGGUUUCUGCAGUGUUAAGCUAAGCUCGAUAUGACGUUUGGUCGAUCGCUUGGAUGCCGGUUAGGUAUUUGCCAAAUUCUAUGCCUUAAGCCCUCUUCCCUACCCACACUCCACCCCACCCCACCGCAAAAUCAAAAGUAUCCAUGCUAGGGAAAGCUGUUUUU